AUGGAGCAUCACCACAAACAGUUAACCACCGAGCUGAAAUCCAUCCAGUCUACGACUAAAUCCCUGAUUCUGGCAAUUCAAAAAAACUACAACACUCACAAGAAAGUGCUGGAACUUAGACAAACUACGAGGGACGCAGUGGCCGAAGCCGAACUGAAGUCGGCCGAGGUAGAAGACAUUAAGAGGCAAAUGGCCGAGCUGCAGGCUGAGAACAGCAGGCUGACCGAAGUAGUUAAUUCGGCAGAGGCAGAAAGGCAGAAGACUGCCAUAGCUCUGAAGGACAAAUACCUGCGCGAGCUGGUGAAGCUUGAAAGGAAGAAAGAUGUCAAAAUAAAGGAGAGGGCAAAGGAAGCUGACAAACAAGGCUUCAAGAGGGCGGAGGAUGCUUAUGCCCAACAAUGCAAUGCUGCCAAGGAGCUGAAGAGAAAAUUGGCUGAAAAAGACCACCAACUGGCCUUUAACCUGGCCAAAAGUGUGUGCCUUCCCAAGGACAUGGAGCACCACUUGAAGCAACUGAACACCGAAAUGAAGUCAAUUCGGUCUGCUUCCAAGUCCAUGAUCUUGGCCUUACAAAAGAACAAUAUUACAUACAAGAAAGUUCAAGAACUAAGAAAAACUACAAGGAAAGCAAUGGCGGAAGCCGAGGCAAAGGCGGCCGAACUAGUAGAAGCGGAAAAGAAAAUGGCCGAGAUGCAAGCUGAGAACGGCCGGCUUGCCGAUCUGGUUAACUCGGCUGAAGCGGAGAAGCAGAAAGCCGCCAUCGUUAUGAAGGACAAGUAUCUGCGGGAGUUGUUGAAGCUUGAGAAGAGAAAAGACGCCGAAAUAAGCGAACUAAAAAAGAACAUGGAGGCGGCCGAAAAGGAGGGGUACAAGCGAGGUUACAAGGAGGCAGAGGAGGCUUAUGUCAAACAAUGCGACGCCGCCAAGGAGCUUUUCUUCAAGUGCGACGCCUUGCAACAGGAGUUCCUAGAGGACUCAGACACUGAUGACUCCUCUGCUCCUGAAAACAUUCCGGUUGUUGGUGCAAGCCCAUCACUUCGGUUGGAGCCCAUGGUAGAGGACCCACCUAUUGACCAACCAAGUGACACCGUGGUCCCAACCGAAACCAACCCGGCGACCGAGCGUGAUCUUCCCCUUGAAACCGGUUUUCAAGUUGAUGGUGAUGCGGCCUUUGAUGCUGAAAUAGAUGAACUUUUCUCUUAA